UUCUUAAUACCCGCGUUUGCUAUACAUGUAGUUCGCCGAAGCUGGACAGUGUUGUCGGCACUCGGCAGUGUGUCGCUCGUAAAUACUCUUCAAGGAGAAGUCAUCGUUCUCAAAUUUCGGAAAGCCAGUGCUAGCGAAACGACACCAGGCUCAUCGGAAUCGCAUUGCUCCUUUCACGGCGCACAACAGGAACCAACGACAGCAACUGCAAGCGAAAACCACAGACAGAAAUGCAGACGAAUGCAGGACUGGGGAGAUACAGUGCUGGGAUGCAGGGUCUGCACGAGGAAAUCGAAGCCUUCCACGCCAAAAUUCAUGCGGACGGUAAAGAAAUGAGCAAUCGCCGAGCUGCUAUCCAGUGCAUCACCCGCAUCAUUACGGCGGAGUUUCCUGGCGUGAGAGUGGAGUAUUUUGGCAGCACACUCACGGGCUUGCUGCUGCCUGCCAGCGAUAUUGACGUGGUGGUCGUGGUGGACAGUCACAGCGGCCCUGCUGCAUGGUUACGCGGUUGCUUCGCGGCGCUGCGACGACAUUCGGAAGUGAGAUUCACCGAGGUAGUGACUCACGCUAAAGUUCCUCUGCUGAAGCUCGUGGAUGUGGCCACGGGAAUGAAACUGGAUCUAUCGUGCGCAUCCAUGUCCAAUAAUAAUCCACCCCAAGGCGUGGCGAACUCCAAUUGGAUCAUUUCCGCAAUCAGUCGCUAUCCGCUGCUACCGAAACUUGUCAUCGUCGUGAAGGAUCUCCACGAAGUCUACCGCAGGGGAGUCAGCUCCUACACAGUCAAUCUGAUGGCCAUCAGUUUCUUCCAGCACCAGGCCACGGGUAGCAACCUGGGUUCCUUACUGCUCCAGUUCUUCCAGUACUACGGCAAAGAUUUUGAUUUCGAUAAGCAGGCCAUCAUCGUGACCGGAAACGGUGCGAUCAUCUCAAAGUCGGAUAUGAAGCGCCGAUUGGGCUUUGUAGAGAUGAGCACUUCCCUGAGCAUCCAGGAUCCGGUUGAGGUAGCUCGAGACGCCGCCGCCCCGUCGCACCGCGGUAUGGAAGCAUUAAAGAGGGCGUUUCGCGAAGCACACGAUGCGUUGCAGCGGGCGGUGGACCGCUCGACGCAAGCUGGGGAUUCAGUGAGCUUCCUGGAGGUGAUCUUCGACUAUAACAAGCGUUCGUGUUAUUUGCGCUAA